AUGAGGGACCAGCAGCGGGACGCCGGCGCCGCACAGCUCUUCGAGCGGUUGCUGCGCGAGACCCCCGCCAUCUUCAGCGAUCUGCCGGUGACUGACAAGGUGCAUCUGGCGACGACGUGCUGGAGCGCGCUCGAGGCGAUCCUGCGCCACUGCGACACCACGCUGACGCUGCGCAUUGGCAGCGCAGUGCUGCAAGGGCUGGGCAAGCGCUUGCGACCCGGUCAAUGCGAGGGCACGGUGCGGUGCCGCGGCGUGGGCGUGCUGGCGACGGACGCGGGUGCGCUGCACGCGGCGUUGCAGAGUGCGGCCCCAGUGUCGGAACAAACACAGCGGACUUCCAUCAGGAGGUUCGGCGAGGGGGCGCAGGGGCCGGCUGAGUGGGUGCAGUUUGUGGCGCGGCUGCUACAGGACUCGUCGACGGCGGGGUCGGGUGCGAUGCGCGUGACGGCGCUGAUCAUGCCCGUCGACACCUACGCCAGAAGCUUGGCAAGCGCAGCUGAGCUGCAAACGCUGCGGUCCGUGCUGACGCUCCCCGCGGUCCGAGACCACCUGCGACACCUUUCCCUCAUGGGGCUGUCGCGGGACGUGACGGCGCUGCACGGCGCGCUGAGGGAGAUGCCAACCCUGCGGCACCUUGAGGCAGGUGGCGGGUGGACGUCCACACCAAUCGUCGGGGACCCCGCGAUCGCAAGCCUGAUCAGCGAGUGUGCGUCGCUUCAGCGUCUGCGCGUAUCCUCGGUGAGCUUCGAUGCGCAAGCGACGACGGUGUUUCUCACGUGGCUGGCGGGAGCAAGCCGGCUGCGAGACCUGCGCCUCGACGACUGCGGCGUUCCCGACGGCAGGCUGGAGCGCUGGUUCGCGUCGGGGAACCGACUUGGGCGCCUCGAGGUGUUUGGCGAGCGCAGCUCGGAAACAUGGAGGCGCAGCGGACACAUGGAGCUUCCGUGGCUCAGGGUGCUGGCGAGGCAGGCGACGACGUCUCUGCGGGAGCUGAACCUCUUGUAUCACUCGUUCGUCGGCCGGGCGCAGAACCAGGCGAUUGCGAGCAUCCUGCGGGCGACCAAGAGCGUGGAGACACUCUGCGUGGAGACAUGCGCCAUGGAUGGCGAUCCUGGCGCGGCUUCUGGGGGCAUGGCAGACGUCUUGUUGGCGCUGUCGGAGAACACGUCGGUCAAGCAGGCGUACUUCGUGGCACCUCCGACUGUGUUGCUCUUCGAGUCGGUCAUCCUUGCGCUCGAGGAGCUGUUUGCGCGCAACAUCACGCUGGAGGAGCUGGUCGUGGCGGAAGCGUACAGCCAAGAGGCCGGCUACAAGUAUGUGGAUUUCGAACAGAUCGAGAUGUCGGGGCCGCGCCGCCCAGCCGUGCGGGCCAUGGCAGCAGCGCUGGGUGGCAACUUGACGCUGGAGAGGCUGCGGUACCCGCUGCGCGUCGAUCCGGGCCAGUUCGACGCGGCAGAGUUCGGCGCCAACAUCUCCCGCAACCGCACGCUGAGGGAACUCUCUCUGAGGGGGAGGUUCGGCACUUACGCGCUCAACGGUUCUGAUGAUGGCUUGCGGCAGAUGGCGCAAGGGCUGGCCCGCAUUACGAGCCUGCGCACCCUCGACAUCCAGCUCUCCAGCGGCGACUGGGACGAGGACGUCGGCAACGCUGCCACCGUGGCCCUCGUCGACGGGCUGUGGGGCAGCGCCGGGAGCAAGAGCCGGCUGCGGCGUCUCGUGCUGCGCAACUCCGGCGUCAGGGACCCGGGGGCGCGGCGACUCGCGGAGGCGCUGAGGUCGGACGACUGCAUGCUGGAGAAGCUGGACCUGCAGGGGAACGACAUCGGGGAAGCGGGCAUGCAGGCGCUGGGCGAGGCGCUGGCCGUCAGGAAAAUCAGCACCAAGGUGCUGCCCAGGCCUCCUGUCGGCGGCACGCUCGAUCACUGA